AUGCAUUCUCCUUCGGACCCAACCCUUCAAUUCGACUCUAUUGAGGACACAAUAGCAGCCUUCAAGAACGGUGAAUUCAUCAUCGUGCUCGAUGAUCAAGACCGCGAAAAUGAAGGCGAUCUCAUCAUCGCCGCCGACUCCAUCACUCCGGCGCAAAUGGCCUUCCUAGUUCGCCACACAAGUGGGCUGAUCUGCGCCCCUGUCACCCCCGAAAUAGCCGCCCGACUCGCCCUCCCCCAAAUGGUUACCGAGAACGCCGAUCCCAAGGGAACCGCAUAUACCGUCUCCGUCGACGCAGCUGAUCCCUCCAUAACAACAGGUAUCUCGGCACAGGACCGCGCCCUUGCCUGUCGGAUCUUGGGAUCUCCCACCUCCACGGCAGCGGAUCUGCGACGACCCGGCCAUGUGAUUCCGCUACAGGCUAAACCCGGAGGUGUCAGGGAGCGCAAGGGACAUACUGAGGCGGCAGUGGAGUUCUGUCGGUUGGCAGGCAAGACGCAGGCGGGUGUCAUCGCGGAACUUGUGGAGGAUGGAGAGGUCGUCCAGGGGGUUCCGGAGAUUGGAGGCAACAAUGGGAUGAUGAGACGGGAUGGGUGUUUGAGAUUUGGCAAGAAGUGGGGGAUCAAGGUGUGUACGAUUGAGGAUCUGGUGGAGUAUGUUGAGAAGGUGGAGGGUGCUGCUGCCGUUAAUGGACACUGA